AGUUCCAAGUUUGGAGCUUUUAGCUGCCAGCCCUGGCCCAUCAUGUAGCUGCAGCACAGCCUUCCCUAACGUUGCAACUGGGGGAAAAAUCACUUUCCAGUCUGUUUUGCAAGGUGUGCAUUUCCAUCUUGAUUCCCUGAAAGUCCAUCUGCUGCAUCGGUCAAGAGAAACUCCACUUGCAUGAAGAUUGCACGCCUGCAGCUUGCAUCUUUGUUGCAAAACUAGCUACAGAAGAGAAGCAAGGCAAAGUCUUUUGUGCUCCCCUCCCCCAUCAAAGGAAAGGGGAAAAUGUCUCAGUCGAAAGGCAAGAAGCGAAAUCCUGGCCUUAAAAUUCCAAAGGAAGCAUUUGAACAACCUCAGACCAGUUCCACGCCGCCUCGAGAUUUAGACUCCAAAGCUUGCAUUUCUAUUGGAAAUCAGAACUUUGAGGUGAAGGCGGAUGACCUGGAGCCCAUAGUGGAACUGGGGCGAGGUGCCUACGGGGUGGUGGAGAAGAUGCGGCACGUGCCCAGCGAGCAGAUCAUGGCGGUGAAGCGGAUCCGGGCCACAGUAAAUAGCCAGGAGCAGAAAAGGCUACUGAUGGAUCUGGAUAUUUCCAUGAGGACCGUGGACUGUCCUUUUACGGUCACCUUUUACGGCGCACUCUUCCGUGAGGGUGAUGUCUGGAUCUGCAUGGAGCUCAUGGAUACGUCCCUAGACAAAUUCUACAAACAAGUGAUCGAUAAAGGCCAAACAAUUCCAGAGGACAUCUUAGGGAAAAUAGCAGUUUCUAUUGUAAAAGCAUUAGAACAUUUACACAGUAAGCUCUCUGUCAUUCAUCGAGGUAAGCAUCCACGGAGCUGCCUUGGCUGUUCCUUUUAUAAAGAAGGGAAAGGAGAAAUGGAGAUUUCAGGCCCCCUGGUGACUUCACUGAGUCAAGAGUGUUAUCUCAGUUGUCCUUUUCUGUCUACUUUUCAGCCUGAGAGAAUAAACCCAGAGCUCAACCAGAAGGGAUACAGUGUGAAGUCCGACAUUUGGAGUCUAGGCAUCACCAUGAUUGAGUUGGCCAUCCUUCGGUUUCCCUAUGAUUCGUGGGGAACGCCUUUUCAGCAGCUCAAACAGGUAGUAGAGGAGCCAUCACCACAACUCCCUGCAGACAAGUUCUCUGAAGAGUUUGUUGACUUUACCUCACAGUGCUUGAAGAAGAAUUCCAAAGAAAGGCCAACAUAUCCAGAGCUUAUGCAACAUCCAUUUUUCACUCUACACGAAUCCAAAGGAACAGAUGUGGCAUCCUUUGUAAAAUCAAUUCUUGGAGACUAAAAACAAUGGACUCAAUUGGUUGACCCUCCUGUGGACUGGUGGGUUUAUGGGGUGAAGCAAGUUCACUAAAGCGCCAAUAACUUAACCCUGCCUCUCAGAAGGUUUUUCUCCCCAUUUUCUUUUUUUUUCCCCUACAAAGGGGGCCUUGGAAUCUAUAGUAUAGAGUGAACUAUCUAGAUGGAUGAAAUAUGAUAAAGGCUUAGGACUUGAAAAGGUGAUUAAAUAUUUAAUGAUGUGUCAUAUGAGUCCUUAAGCUUUUCAGACUUCUCUUGUUCUUUACAAAAUGAAUGCUUUGGCCCUGGUAAAAAAGGUGCUACAGUAGUGAUGAAAUUGUAAGUAGAUUUGUAGUUCGUUCCACUUAUUAUUUUAAUAUUUAUGUUUAAGUGCUUGGUUGAAGAGAUUCCAUUUUAUGCCAAGGAGGGAGAGACAAAAGACAAGGUUGGGUUGGCAGUAUUUAUAGGGUUUUUAUUUUUUAAGUUCAAUUGUGUCUGUGGUCCAGAAGAAAUUAUUUAAUGUGCAUCUUUAGGAGUAUUAUGUAAGUGUCAACCAGGAGCUCUUGUGAAAUACCUAUUUCAGCUGUUGUGGCUACUGCCAUGUUCCUAAGUUUCUGCUCCAGCCUGGGUAAUCACCACAUAUUCUGGUGAAGUGGCAAGGUAUCCUGGUCAUACUCUUUCCCUGAGUCUGAAAAACAUAAAACCCCUUUUAUCACAGGUCAAAGAGUCACAGAUUUGGUUCUCUUGACAUUAGUGGUAUAGUAUCAAUGGAAUGUGAUUUGUGAUGUGAUUUUUUUCAUCACCUAUCUUUCCUUCUACGUGUGUGUGUAUUUGAUAAGUCACAAAUUCUGCCAAAUGGCUAUUAUAAAUAACACCUAUAUUUAGUAAGGAUGACAUAUAUCAGUCCUGAGGGGAAAUAUGUCAAACCACACAGAGAAUCGGUGACUUCCUCUGCUUUUGCCCCUCCUACAAUGUAUAAGCCCCAAGGAUUGCCUUUGUAGCUCUUUUUUCUUGGGGGGGGAGGAGUUGUUUUCUGUUCGAUGAAGAAGCCUUACUGUACAUGGAAAGGCUGCAAUAGGAGAAAAUUAAAGGCAGCCGGUAGUUCUUGGAUAUGGUAACGGGGAGGGUUGAAUGAAUUCCUAGGAAUAGACAGCCACACUUCCACAGGCUGAGUUCAAGGCACCACCUUCUCCAUCAGCGGAUCACCCCACGGUGGGAGGCUGGCGCCAUGGCAGAUUCCUAGUAGGCUGACGAGGCUACAAAAGCUGUUUCUCAUGGCCAGAUACACCCACAGGUUCUCUGAUCUGGGGCUUUGGGUUCCUCGAAGGUCAAAGAGUUAACUGGUCCACAGGGAAAAAGACGAGUGAUAACUACCAGGGAGCCCUGCUUUUGGACACUGUGUUCCUCCGAGGCUACUCUUACAGUACAAGGGCAGAGGAGUGUGAUAAAAAAAGGAAAGAACACACUGUUUCUUUCUUUGCCUCAAGUUCACAAAUAUGGAGAGAGGGUUUCUCCCUUGAAAACUCUCUUUCCCUUUUAGAUUUUUGAAGUCCAGUUACAUCUUUUUCUCUGCAUUUUCCCCUUGUCUUGACAUCCAGCUCUUAGCAGUUGCCCAGAGUGAAUGACACUUCCAUACACUUCUUUAUUUUCAGUUCCAACCCAGACCUGUUUGAUAACAUCAAAUUCAUCUGCUUUGAUGCUACCUCUGUCCUCAUCUUUUUCUAGCCAGAUGAAGGGCAUUAUCCCAGUGAUUAUGACCAUUCACCUUCCUACCCUUCUUUCUAAAUUUGGAAGUUUCUCCGAGACUGAGAGAAAAAAAAAUCACAACUGUUAUUCAUCCAUCUUCUGAAAAACAGAAAGCAGAAAAAAAAAUCUGAGGCUAUUUCAUUUCAGCUUUUGGUGAAAUACACAAAGCAAAACAUCUUUCUGGUCUGGGUCAGAUGAUUCUUACCUCUCUCUUGUUCAGUGUGGUUUCUACUUUGAAAUAUUCUUAACCAAGCAUGUUUCUCAUGUGUACACCUCUCCAGUUUGUGAGCCCAGGGCCCAAACUUGCAAAACAGUCACACUAGAGUACAGAAGGAGUUAAUCAAUGGUUCUCAACUCUGGCAACACAUUGGAAUCACUGGGUGUUUGUGAACACUAUUAAUGCGAAGGUCCCAGACAUUCUAAUUUAAUUGGUCAGAAGAGGACCUGGCAAUUGGUAUUUUUCACAAGCUACUCAUGUGAUUUAGAUGUGCAUCAGGGCUGAAAAUACUGAUCUACUACCUCCUAAAGGGAGGUUGGAAUACUGAUUUGAAAUUUGGGAUACCGUUUCCCCGUAGAAAUGAUGUGCUACAUGAUGAUUAGGUAUCUUAUGUACUGAAGUAGAAUGGUUUGAGAACCUUAUGAGUCUAAAUUUUAGAAUUUUUUUUAGAACUGUGUUAUAAGUUCUAAACAACUAAUUUAAAAAUAAAUAUAGAGAUGCAGAAACUAUAUUUAAGUUGAUGUAAGUUGGGAGUCUCCUGUAUGUACAUACAUGUGUAUAUGUAUAGGUAUAUGUGUGUGUGUGUGUGUUUGUGUGGGGGGAGAGAGAGGGAGGGAGGGAGGGAGAGAAAAGAUAGCGCUAUCCAGGGGUGAUACUCAAAAUAUUUAAUGUGCUACCAGCAUGUACCAUUUAAAUACUAGCGCUGCCUAUAAUGGAGUCAGUAUGGCUCUAUAAAAGAGAUCAUACUCUUUUUUUCCCCCAGAUGUAUUUGAUUUGGUGUAAUAUAAUUAUCCAUGUAAUUAUCCAUAUUAUAUAUUGUCUUUAUGCUUAUAAAAAAAAUCCAUCUCUAUAUAUUACUGAUCUCAGAGGUGUGCUAAAAAAGUCAUGUGAAUGUCUUUGGAGACAAUUUCCAUACAUUUGUAUGUAUCAAUGAGUAUUGCCCUUCAGAGCAGCCACCUUCAGGAUUAUUUAUGUGAAUAAUGCUACUAAGAUAUUUGUGCCACUUCUUUUUCAGAAAAGGCUUCAGAAUCUAUUUCUUCCUCUGCGUGUAACAUGUGGAAUCAUCAUUUUAUAAUUAUUCCUUGUUUGUUUCUUUUUACAAAAAUCCUUACCAGGAAUUUUCCUCUUUGGUUUACCCACCUUGUUCAGACUUAGCAUCAGGCUGUGUUUGGCAACUUCUAGAAGUAAAAUUUGCCCUCAGUGCUGAAGUUUUACCCUUAAAACUUUUAAAUGUCUUUUAAAAAGACCAUGCCGUGAGUUCUGAAGAUAAUUUCAAGUGCAGAUUUCUCAAAAAAGUGUGUUUAUUUUUAAGCAAAGUCAGCCUUCCUGGAAUAAGUGUAGAGCCUCCCCAGAUGGUGACUAAAGGAGAAAGAACUCACAUAGGUGUAUAUAGUUGAUAAUAAAAUAUCAGUCAGAUAAUCCCUGAUUUCCCACGUGGCACUCAUGUGCCAGCCAUGAUUGAAGGCCCUGACAGCCCAUUAUUCUAGUGACUCUGUUUGGUCACACUGAUGUAGUCAGAACAAAUGGGCAGCUUCUAUCUUGCUUAUGCAAUCUAAAAUGGAAAAUGAGUAUUGUGUGGGUGUAGCUCAGAAUUGUUUGCAUUUUACAGUUCUUGCAUAUUCUCCACGCCUAACCCCAAAAUGUAUAUGCCAGAGAUUCCCAAACUUUCUCUGUUCAGGAUGCCAUUGAUUGUCUUAGAAAUUUUUUCCAUGGUGCCCUGGGCCAAAAUAAAUACUUAAUAGUUCCAUUUAUUAAGUAGCUAGGUCUACACAACUUAAUCAUAGUAGUUUGCAGGUUGUACUGCAGAUGUGGCUGUGUCUCCCUCAAGAAUGUACAAUAUCUUGUGGUGUCCCUAGGAGUUUGCUGCAGAGCCUCAGAAUAUCUCAAUUUGGGAACCAUAGAUAUAUGUUAUACUGAGGUUAUUAGCACUGUCUACAGUUGGUGACCUUCAAAAUGGAAUUCUUGGUUACUCAGUCCCCUGCAUCACUUCACUCUUUGUGUUUCACCAUUAUUAUUGUUUUUGCUUGCCUCUGGUUGAUUAGGAUUUUCAAUUGAGGUCCUGUCCUUCUUUGCUGUCCAUCACCCCUGCAACACUUGAUGUCAGAGUCUAGAAAAUGAAACCCUCAUGAGCCCAAGCAUUGGAGGAGGUCAGCACUGAGACUGACGAGGCAUCUGGUUUCUCCAAAUGCAAUUGAUUUAGUAUCUCUGGAAUAUAAUCACAAAGGAGGCAGAGAGGGCAUUUUCAUAGUUCAACGCUAAAAAUGCUUUUGUUGACCAAGAGACUUCACCAACUCUGCUCAGAGAAACUACUCUGUUUCUCCCAAAGGCCUUGAACAAAACACGUUAUCUUUGGCCUGAAAGGGUAAUGGAUACCUGCUUCUUAAUUUUCCAACCUAAAUGCUUUUUUAGCUAUGCAACUCCUUCUAACCCUGAAGUAGGAUUCAUAUAUUUAUAAAAUUCAUUGGACCUGUUUAUCAGAUCUAAUGAAAUAAAUUUAACCUCUAUUAUGCUGGGGAUUUUACCUUCUUAAUCUAUGAAUUAUAUGGAGAUUUCUUGGCAUAAAGGAAUCUUCCAUUUUAUUGAACUGGCAAGUGAAAGAUGCAAUUUUCAACUGGACUCCUGAACAUUUACAUAUUUAGAACGAAAAUGCCAGAGUAAAAUCUAGGAAGAGGAAGCUACCAAAUCUGA